UCUUAUCUUUAGUGUGAGAUGGUUAGCAAGACAUUAAUUUUACAUAUAUUAUUAAAACUGAAAUAUUUUUUGGUACGGUUUGGAAACAAAAUAACAAUUUAAUUGAGAAUUGUUUAAAAAUAUAGAUAAUAUUAUUUUUUAUUUACAUAUUUAGUUAUUACAUUUACAAUAAAUUAAUUAUUUUUUGUAUUUUUUUAUUUACAAAUUCUAUCACUAUAUUUAAAAUCAAUUUAAAUUAAUUAAUUACGAACACUCACUAAAGAAACAUAAUUAUUAUUUUUUUGCGCUAGAAUUUAUUUAUUUUUAGUCAAAACACAACAUUUUUAUUUAACUGUUUCAAACAUCUUUGAAGCCACUUUAAACGGAAGGUAAUUAAGAGGUUAUUUGUUAAAAUUAAUUGAUGGGUGGUCUUACUAUCCUUCAAAAUAUUUUUUUUUGCUAUUUAAUACAAAUGGCUAUUUCUUUUGUUAUUUUACUAUUUUAGUGAAAUUUUAAUGGUUUCUCCUAUAAGAGAGGAUUAACAAGUAGAAGCCCCAAAAACAAUUAUUCAGCAAAAUCAAAUAAACAAAUUAGAGGUUAACAUUUUUAUCUUUAAUAUAAAGAAAAAAUGAACUUUUUUUGUAACUGGAGAAAAAAUGAACUUGAGUCAAACUAAGUCCUAUAAUUAAGGCUAUGAGGUAUUGCAUACCUCAGAUUAGAAAUUUUUGAGAAACACCUAAUUUAUUAUAUAUAUUAAUACGUCUUCUUCUUUCUUUUCUAAAACUUUAAGAAAUACCAAUCCAUUUAUAUAUUCUACUAUGGGGAAAUCCUUUCUACCUUCAUUUACUAUUCUUGCCAUCUUCUCAAUCCUUCUCUUAGGAGUGGAAUGUAGUCUUAUAAAUAAAUGUUUCAAUAUUAUACACGCUGACCGUUGCGAAGUAAAAGAGUGUGAAUCUGCAUGUUCGAAGAGAUAUCAACAAAGAUUCAUGAGAUCUUUUUGCAAUAUUUCAAAUGGUGGUCGCAUGAAAGGACGUGCGCAAUGUGCAUGCGAAUGGCAAGUCAUAAAGGGAUCUUGCAAAAUGUAGUUUAGUGAUAAUAAAUCUCAAAUCAUAUUUAAAAAAAAUAAAAUAAUAUUUUACAUAAAUUUCUAACUUAAAUACAUGUACAAUUCUCAAUCUUGAAUAAUAAAAUAUAAAUAUUUAAUUAUGGUAAUAUAAGUGAGAUUUAUGGAUGACACAAUAUAUGUAUCUUUAUUUUAUUAUUUUUGUUAACUUAACUUAUUUGAUAUUGGGGUUUCUAUUUUAUUUUGAAAUAAAUUAUUUUGGAAAUAUUAAUAUUUUUGAAAAUAAUAAACUAAAAUGAUGAUUUGUCAUAAUACGAUUGGUGGUUUUAAAUCAUGUAGACCCUCUUAAUGGUUUAUAAUCUCAAAUUUUAUAUAGUAUAUAUUUAUGUUAAAUUUUCAAAUAUUCAGUAUAUAUAUAUAUAUAUAUAUAUAUAUAUAUGAGUCAAUUCCAUUUUAGUGAUUUAUUUAUUAGUUAUUUGAUAUUGGAACCAUUUUGUAUUGAAAUAAUCAAUUUGGAAAUUUUAUCAUUUAAAAAGAUAGUAACCUAAAAUUAUGGUUUUCAUAUUUUGAUUGGUUGUUUUUAUCUUAUGUGUAUAUUCUCAGUGGCCUAUAACCUCAAUUUUUAUACAGUAAAUAAAAUAAUGAUUUAUUAUAUUUUUUCAAGUUUUGAAAAUAUUAUGUGAACAUUCUCAAAUAGAGGUAAAAAAUAAAAUCACUUAUAGAGAGCCAAUAGUAGACAAAUAGAGAGCAGAAAACUUAAUCAUCUUUUGUCAAUAUACAAUCAAUGUUGCCUAUUUGGUUUUGGUGAUUUGUGUCAACCGUAAAAAUUAAACACAGCGGUUGCAGGAGUUUGCGGAUGCGGGUGGUUGGGUUUCUAGCGGCUUUAAGAGAUUUGUAUGACUGAUUUUGCGAUUAGAAAUUAGUGCGUUUGUGGGAUAGUUAUGACUGGUUAACUACCAAAUGCAUCAGCGAUUAAAUAAUAAAUUAAAAAUAUUUAUAUUUUAUAUAAUUAUAAAAAUA